AUAGUUGCAGCAAUAAUGGCAAUCACAGGAAUCGUAAUGAUGGCAUAUGCAGAUGGCUUCCAGGGCGAUUCAAUUAUCGGGGUGGCAUAUGCUGUUGGAUCAGCCUCUACAUCUGCAUUGUAUAAGGUUUUGUUCAAAAUGUUUCUUGGAAGCGCAAAUUUCGGGGAAGCGGCUCAUUUUGUUUCUACCCUGGGCUUCUUCAAUUUAAUUUUCAUCUCCGUUACCCCAAUCAUACUGUAUUUUACAAAAGUGGAGUACUGGUCCCCCUUCUCUGCUGUGCCGUGGGGUUACCUGUGCGGAGUAGCUGGCCUCUGGUUAGCUUUCAAUAUUCUGGUUAAUGUUGGCGUCGUGCUUACAUACCCCAUUCUGAUCUCUAUCGGCACAGUGCUCAGCGUCCCUGGAAAUGCAGCUGUGGAUCUGUUGAAGCAUAAAAUGAUCUUCAGCGUAGUGAGGUUGGGAGCCACCAUCAUCAUUUGCCUUGGGUUUCUGCUGAUGCUGCUCCCUGAGGAAUGGGAUGAAAUAACUCUGAGGUUCAUCAACAGCUUGAAGGAGAAGAAAAGUGAGGAUCACGCCGAUGACAUCACAGACUCCAGCAUACACACGAGAAGCAGAAGUAGAGCUAAUGGGACAGUGUCUAUACCACUAGCUUAGGGCUGGUGGACUUCAACUGCACGCAGAUGUAUAUUCUGUGAAUAUAGCUUAAAUUUCCUCACUACUUGUAUGCUUAAAAAUGACAUUUACUCUGAACUGGGGAUGAACUGUAAGAUAAGGGAAAUAGAUAUAUAAUAAAUGUUUACAUUUAUACAGUUAUCAAGGAACAGGUGUAAAUAACUACAAUAAAAUGUUUUGUAAUAA